GCAGAAUACUCAAAGCACUUGUCAACGUGUCUUUGCAGGAGGAACAGGGCAACUAGGAAAGUUGUUAUGUUGCGAUAAUGCCAAUAGCACUAAUUGUCUAGCUAGUCUACCAACUUGCACUAAUGUUAAUAAGUUAAUUCAAUGUUGGAGUAUCAAAGGUCUCGAUGCUUGUAUUAGUAGAAAUGAUACAACUGCUCAGAGAGUUUACACAUUUGCCAGUGCAAUAAAUUAUAUACUAGGCCAUUAUACUAUUAAAGAUUCACAAAAUGGCACUAGUUGUUAUGGUUUUUCUUGUCCUCAAGUAGCUUGUUCUUAUGGUUGUCAUCAAGUGAAUUGUGGGGACUCUCUUGCCUCAGGAAGUUGUCAAGUCACAAAUGAUUUGGGUGAAACUAAUACUCUCAAUUAUCAGAUAGAAAUAUGUGGUAUGGGUUAUGAUGCUAUUAUAGCACCACAAGCACCCAUUGUGGCUGUUAGUACUUACAUACCACCGCCAAAAACAAUAUCCAAUCCGCCUAAUAGUAGCCCUGGAUCCAAUCCGUCUAAUGGUAGCCCUGGAACAGCACCUAGUACUUCUAUGAUAAAUAGUAAUUCGUACAUUUAUUGGAGACGAACCAGAAAUAACUCAUCUCCUAAUCUCUCUCCACCACCUUAUACUGAUAAUGAUGACCAGAUAAUAAUCUUCCACCAUUAA